AUGGAUUCACAAUCAUCAGUGCCUGUGAAUAGGGUGACUAAGAAUCCUCAUGACGAGAAGCCCGAGAAGUUCAAGGGAAUUGACUUCAAGAGAUGGCAACAGAAAAUGUUGUUCCAUCUCACAACCAUGAAUCUGGCACAUGUUGUUAGAGAGGAGGCUCCUAAAUCGGGAGAAAAUCCAAUGUCCAAGGAAACAAUGAUGACCAUUGAGGCUUGGAAACAAUUUGAUUUCCUAUGUAGAAACUACAUCCUUAACAGACUUGAUGAUACUCUGUAUGACAUUUAUUCGUCAUAUAAUUCUGCAAAGGAAGUUUGGGAAUUACUUGAGAAAAAAUACAAAACAGAAGAUGAUGGUGCCAAAAAGUUCGUGAUUGGCAAAUUUCUCAAGUAUGCCAUGGUUGAUUCGAAGACUGUUAUUAAACAGGUUGAGGAACUUCAAAUUCUGAUCCAUGAUUUGCUUGCAGAGGGGUGUUCUAUUAAUGAACACUUCCAGGUUGGAGCAAUCAUAGAGAAACUGCCUCCAUCAUGGAAAGACUUCAAAAUUUACUUGAAGCACAAGCGCAGAGAGAUGUCUAUGGAGGAUAUGAUUUUGAGGCUUAAAGUUGAGGAGGAUCACAGGAAAGGUGACAAGGGUGAAGUGCCUGUCAUGGAAGCCAAAGCCAAUGUCGUUGAGACAUCAAAGCCAAAGUUCCAGAAAAACAAGGGCAAGAAAGUUGCAAAGAAUUAUGCCAAUCCUCAUGCACCAAAAGUGUCUGAAACCAAUAUGGUUCCUGAUACUAAGGACUGGUGGGUUGAUACAGGUGCUACUAGGCACAUUUGUGGUGACAGAAAUCUGUUCACUGAUUAUAAACAGAAUUCUGGUGGUGAGAAACUGUACAUGGGAAAUGCCUCUGUAUCUGCAAUUGAAGGCAAGGGUAGUGUGCUGCUAAAGUUCACUUUUGGGAAGGUUUUAACCCUUUUGGAUGUGCUGCAUGUUCCUGAAAUUAGGAAGAACUUAGUGUCUGGCCCUAUUCUUAGCAAGAAUGUUGGGGUCUUUUUCCGUCGGAAGGCCCAUCUGGGCUUGUUGAUUCUUGGACCGUCAUAG